AUGUACGCUCAAGCUAUCGUCGCCUUCGGCCUGGCCACCCUUGCCAGCGCUCACAUGAAGAUGAGCUCCCCUGUGCCCUACGGCAAGGCCGACCUCGACAACAGCCCCUUGGCUGGCGAUGGCAGUAACUUCCCUUGCAAGCAGCGUUCUACCGUUUACGAUGCUGAGGGCGCCUCCAACGUCUACGCCCAGGGAGCCGGCGGCCAGCUCGCUUUCAUUGGCUCCGCCGUUCACGGAGGCGGCUCUUGCCAGGUCUCCAUCACCUACGACGCCAAGCCCGACAAGAACAGCGUCUGGAAGGUCAUCAAGUCCAUCGAGGGAGGCUGCCCUGCCAAGAACGCAGCGGGUAACCUCGGAGACAACGCCAACCAGGAGGGCCCGGACAAGUACGACUUCACAAUCCCCAAGGACAUGCCCGCGGGCAACGGUACCAUCGCCUGGACUUGGUUCAACAAGGUCGGCAACCGCGAGAUGUACAUGAACUGCGGCCCGGUUACCAUCACCGGUGACGCCGGCUCGCAGACCGCCUACGAAGCCCUCCCCGACAUGUUCACUGCCAACCUCAGCCCUGACUGCCAGACCGUAGCCGACAAAGACCUACAGUUCCCCAACCCUGGAACUGGAGCAGCACUCGACAGGUUCGGCGACUCCAAGAAUCUCCAAGGCCCCGAGGGUAAGGGCUGCGCUACUGGCGGCGGCUCUGGUGGUGGCAACACUGGCUCUCCCGCUCCCAGCAACACCGCAGGCAACGGUGGAGGCCAGGCUACUUCUGCUCCGGCUGCUUCUCAGCCUGCGGCCACCAAGAGCGCUUCCAUUCCCGGUGGGGUUUUCAUCACUGUUCCUGCUGCCACUGCCACUGCCUCUGCCUCUGCCUCUGCCUCAGCCUCAGCCUCUGCCUCAGCCUCAGCCUCCCAGGCUCCUGUUGCUACCGCCCAGCCCAGCGCCGCUCCCUCAACUGGCACUGGCUCUGGUUCCGGCUCUGGCAACGGUACCGUCGCCGGUGCCCAGACCGUCGGCGCCGCCUGCACCGACGAGGGAGCGUGGAACUGCAUUGGUGGUUCUUCUUACCAGCGCUGCGCCAGUGGUGCCUGGUCCGCUGUCCAGCAGCUGGCCUCCGGCACCUCUUGCACUGCUGGCAUGGGCUCCUCUAUCAACAUGGUUGUGACCAGAAACGGUCGCAAGCGUGCCCUUCGCUUCCGUUCUCACGCCUAA